CGUGUGUGUGUGUGUCUGACAAUCUCACCCUCUUCUUCUUUGCCUCAGGAGCUUAAAGAUCUGACUCUGCGAAAUGAAUGCCUCGACCUUAAAGGUGAGAAGCUGGACUACAAGGCCUGUGAGUCUCUGGAGGAGGUUCUGAAGAGGGUUCAGUUUAAGGUGGUGGACCUGGAGCAGACCAGCCUGGAUGAAGAUGGUGCGUCAGCGUUGUUUGAUAUGAUUGAAUACUACGAGUCGGCCACACACCUCAACAUCUCCUUCAACAAGCACAUCGGCACCAGAGGCUGGCAGGCCGCUGCCCACAUGAUGAGGAAGACCAGCUCCCUGCAGUACCUGGACGCCCGGAACACCCCCCUGCUGGACCACUCUGCUCCCUUUGUGGCGAGGGCGCUCCGCAUCAGCGGGAGUCUGGCCGUGUUGCACCUGGAGAAUGCCGGGCUGUCAGGGAGACCGCUCAUGCUGCUGGCCACAGCUCUGAAGAUGAACAUGAAUUUGAGAGAGCUCUACCUGGCCGACAACAAGCUCAACGGCCUCCAGGACUCCGCCCAGCUGGGCAACCUGCUCAAGUUCAACUGCAACAUCCAGAUCCUGGACCUCCGCAACAACCACAUCCUAGACUCUGGCCUGGCCUAUGUGUGUGAGGGCUUGAAGGAGCAGAGGAAAGGUCUGGUUACCCUGGUGCUCUGGAACAACCAGCUCACACACAACGGCAUGGGCUACCUCGCUGCUGCACUGCCCUGCACCCAGAGUCUGGAGACCUUAAACCUGGGCCAUAACUCUGUUGGGAACGAGGGCAUUCACAAGCUGAAGGACGGCCUGAUCUCCAACCGCUCAGUGCUGCGUCUGGGCUUGGCCUCCACCAAGCUGUCCUGUGAAGGUGCGGUGGCGGUGGCAGAGUUCAUAGCGGAGAGCCCUCGCCUGCUGCGUCUGGACCUGAGGGAGAACGAGAUCAAGACGGGCGGCCUGAUGGCUCUGUCCCUCGCCCUGAAGGUCAACACCUCCCUGCUGCGCCUGGACCUGGACCGGGAGCCCAAGAAGGAGACCGUGAAGAGCUUCAUCGAGACACAGCGCGCCCUGCUGGCCGAGGUGCAGAAUGGCUGCAAGAGGAACUUCAUCCUGGCCAAGGAGAAGGAGGAGACGGAGCAGCAGAUGAGGCAGUCGGCCUCCAUGGCCGAGAUCGCCACCGAGGACGGGACGGGGGUGGAGGAGGAGGACGGGGGAGGAGAUGGAGGAGGAGGAGGAGGAGGGGGGGGGGGGGAGGGUCUGGAGACCCAGGGGAAAGAGGGAGGAAAGACAGCAAUGGAGAGGAAGAAGGGAAGGACACAGAGGGGGUAGCGGUAGGGAACAGCCAAUCAGCAGCGAGUUCAGGGGGGGGGGGCGUUACCGCUGGAGUCGGACUCGGACACUGAGGAGGAGGAGGAGGAAGAGGUGCUCUCUAAACCAGCCGCCAGGACCGCCUCCCCCCACCUGACUGCCUUCUCCCCACUGCCUGGGCCCCCCCAGACUCCCCUCAGUGCCUCAAGGACCUCCCACUGCCAGUCUCCCUCCCCAACCGCCAUGUCAGGGAUCACCAUCACAGAGUCCUCAGCCGCCCCAGGAACCCCACCCUCUCCUGGGCGCUGCAUCUCCGUGUCUAGCCCAGGGAGGGGCCAUAAGAUCUUCAUGGUGACCCGAGUGGAGAGCCCCCCAGACCAGAACCAGGUCCUCCAGCACCUGCAGAGCAAGGCUGGGCCGCCCGCCGGCCCCCCAUCCAAGCAGCCCACCGUGUCACAGGGGAAGCAGACCAUGACAGAGCUGGGGGCACAGACCUCCAGGACACAGCAGCUGGUCCAGACCUUCACCCAUCCCCUCGCCCAGGACCAGCCCCAGCCUUACACCGUGCCCCAGGCCUCCUCAUCCCAACCCAUCCAGGCUGAGGGCCAAAGCCCAGCAGAUCACACCCAAACAUCACCAACACCACAGACCACAGAGGCAGACCUUCUCCUAGACGCUAAACAGCCAGACAGCCGGAGUGGAUUUGACGCUCCCCACCCCACACCAGACCCCCCGCAACCUGAUGAGGGGGUAGGAGGUAGUAUGGAGGGGGUAGAAGGUAGUACAGAGGGGCUGGUAGGUAGUGUGGAGGGGGAUGUAGUUAGGGUGGAGGGGGAGGUAGUUGGUGUGGAGGGGGUAGAAGGUAUUACAAAGGGGGAGGUGGAAGUGGUUAGUGUGGAAGGGGAGGUAGAUGGUACACAGGCAGUAGAAGAGCCUUCUACACCAGCAGGCCUACUGUCAGAGGAGGCGGGAGGCUUAGCAGGUCAUAUGGGCCUGGCUGCAGCAGAACUCAGCCAGCCACCUGAACCAGCCCUGCCAGAACCCUCCGCUGAUUCACCAGCUCCAGACCCUCUCGCUGAAGAGGAGAAGGAGGAGAAGGAGGGGACAGACUGCCAACCAGACCUGUCGGCUAUCCAGCAGCAGACUACUGAGGGGGUGGAGGAAGGAGCGAUGGUGGAGGAUGCAGGGAUGGUGGAGGACAAGAAGGAGAGUCCACAAAUACAGGAUACAGAAAGUUGUAUUUGGGAGGAGAAUCAAGAGCAGGAUGAAGGCAUAUCACAUCCACAAGUGUCCAAGACUGAAACUAAUGCAAUACAGCAGGAAACAUUAGCAUAUUUGCUAACAGACCCACUGACUAAUAUAGACACAGAGCUACAGCAGCUAUCAUUGCCAGUUGAGGCCCUGCAACUGCCCCAGGCACAGCUCCAGCAACAAGCUCAGUCACAUCCCCAUGUUGACCUGCAGGAGGCGCCAGCAAGACUGUUAUCUCAGCAGCAGGGUGCCAGGGAGAGAACAGAAGAAGACGACAGCCAGCAGAGCCAAGAAGAAGAGCCAGCUCCCAAGCUAGCCAGAGUAGAGCAGGAAGAGGAAGAAGAGCGUCAGCCACCUCCCAUGGAGGCCUGUCUGCAGCGAGCUCUUCCUGUGCCAGAGGAGAAAGAUCCACAGCAAUCAGCCCAAUUAGAGGACAGCUUACAAGGCCCUGUGUCUGCUGACCCCUCCUCCCCCCAGACUGAGUCUGGAGCACCCCCAUCCACGUUGGAGGCCUCGUUGGACGAGGAGGAGGGUGCGGGGGUGGAGGGCCCGGGGGGGGCCGGGGUGGGGGACUCGGCCCUGCCCAAUGGUCUGAAGCCUGAGUUCUCUCUCCACCUGCUGGAUCCUGACUCCCCCAAGCCAAGCCCCUACAUCAUGGAGCACACGAGUGUGACAGCAGAACUGAGCUGUGAACAGAACCUGGAAGAGCUGCUGCUGGAAGCCAGUCUGGAGUCUGGGAGGGAGGCUCCAUAACACUGGCAGUGUGACUCAGGAUUCAGGAGACGGCACUUGGUUUCUCCAGUGAUGACAGUGUCUCAGGAGAUGUUCUGGUCUCUCUUGUGAUCUCAGCGAAAUGUCUUGACGCUCCUGUCCUGUCUGUGUCUUGUUGUUCCUAUGACCUCACCACCACCAUCUUUCCUGGAGACUGAGGCCGAGUUGGACUCAGACGAGUCAACACACAUAGAUAUAUAAAUACAGAAACUCUAUAAAAAAAUAUUAAAAAAAAUCUAUUAAAAAAAUUAAAGAAAGAGAAAUUACAAAGAAUAGUCAUCAAGUUUGGUCACAGAGUAUAAAGAGUUCACUACAUUCACAUUACAUGUGUAACUGAUACACCCAGUAUGAGCACACACACACACACACCAGUGAAAGUAAACAAGCAACAAUAAAUGGAAGUGAUCACAUCUAUUUUUAAUUUUGCCGUCAUCACGACAUCAGGAAUCUAUAUUCAAGAGGUAGCAAGAAAACCCAACCAGGAUGAGAGGGAGAGAGUGAGGUGGACGGCAGUAGAGAGAAAGGAGGGGGAAAGGGGUUCAUCACUGCUCUAACCAAAGACACGGGACACGCCCAGCCUAACUUCCUCCACCCCGACUGUUGUGAAUCACGUUGGUGUCGGUGUUGUGAGCGUGCUCAGACCCACGCUCAGCCUCACCCUCCUGUUGGAGAAAAGAGAGGGUGCAGUGACCGGGGCUGGUCACACACUUCUAGAACCACGGGAGAACACCUGAUUUGUGUGUGUGUGUGUUAGCGUUUUAUCUAUCAGCUUCUCUCUAAAACUAAAUGUUUGCCUUGGCAGGAGUUCUGAUCCUCACCACAUAGAAGCCCCCCUCUUCAUUCUUCCUUUACAUUGUUGUUCCCUUUCCCCAUCUCUUCCUCCUUCCCUUCAGACACAUGUAUCACUGGCGUUCCCUCUCAGAAGAGUUAGUUGUCUAUCAAAGCUGAGUUGUUGAAUGUGAUGUGAAACUUUUCAGAAGUCAAAAGAAAGUCUCUCUUCCGGUCCCCCUCUCUUUCCUCUCUCCCAUCAUGUAUCCACCUCAUCCAUCCUUCUUUCUUUCAGUCUUCCAAUGGUAUGCCAUCUGUGUGCCAUCUCCGUACUGCUUCUCCCAUUCCUGUCAGCUUGUGAUAUCUGUUGCCUUCAAUUCGGUUAUACAUUUAAUUUCAAGUCUUUACCAUCUCGUUGUAGUUUGUUUUUGCUGCUUAGAGAAAUCAGUUUGUUUGUAGAAAUACAAGCCUUCUUCUCCUUUGUGUGAUUUGUUUUUCCUUUUCACCAUUCUUUUCAUGGUGUUUUUUUUUUUUCUCUUUUUCGUUUAAUGAUUUCUUUCCACCCUUUUUUUGGUGGUGUAUAUUUCAGAUUCAAAUUAUAGCAAUUAUUUUGUUUGUUUUGGGGUUUGUAGGCUGUGGGGUCAGGAUAACUGUAGGGUGGAGGGACAUAUCAGUGAAUAUAUAAAUGACUUCAUGGCAGUGGGAUGAGUGCAGUUCUAAGCAGACUUUAUAUCAUAGUGGCACACAGUGAAUGAUGAUUCACAAAUUCCUAUGUAAGGACCUUCUGUUUAAAACACUAUCUGGCUAUGUUGUGUCUGGCCACAAGGGGAUGCUGUGGCUUACCGGGUUUCUUGUAGGUAAACAUUAAUAAUAUUAUUACCCAGAAUGGACCAUUUAGCCAAUGGCGCACAAGUAAGCUAAGCAAGAUUUGAUGCUAAUAGAACACUAGUUGGGCAGAGUGGAAGCAAGUGCCAGGAAGGUGGAGAUCCAUGUUGAUUAGUUCUCCCUUCAUGGGUCUUCAUUUCCAUGGAAACGUGUGUUACAGACACUCAACACAUCCACAGAUGAGCGUCGAGGAUAGGCGCUAUUCAGACAAUAUCUGGACCUUCAGAAUGCAGACAUUGAGAUUCUUUAACACAGAUACUGUGAUUCGAAGAAUCAGAAGCAUGCCUGGGUUGUCCUGUCCCGGAAUCCUCCGGAUUCAGGUUUUGAUUGAACUUCAUGCACCGCCCACACCCUCUGCUGGUCCCUGUGCUCUCAAACUCACUACGGAUGUUUCUGGCUGAAAUCAAAAUGGCUGUGCUACACCCACUGUCUGUAAUGCUUUAAUUUUUAGUAAUUUUUAAUUAUUUGUUAAUUUAAUCGAAAUGUGCUGGUAAUCACAAAGAUAUGUAUGGCAAUUUUUUGUUCCUCUCUCUCUCUCUCUUAAAUAAAUGCAUGUAAUGACUAAUGAA